AGCACUCACGUGUAUUUUUAAGGUAAUUGGAGAUGGAAAUCAGAGCCCGGAUGCUUAAAUCAUCGGAUAGGGACUGAUUUGGGCUCCACCCCUGAUGCCACCCAAAACUUCAGUAUAAUGGCACUUCCCUGAAGAUGCCUGUGAACACUUACAGCGAUACAAAGCCACCGCAGGUGCAUUCGGUCCCCUCCUCUGAUCCAGGGACAGACUGCAAUAUGGGACCUGACCUCUGUCUGGGACAUCUGUGGAAAUGCCUUGUGUUACAAGAACUACUGAUGGCCAAGGUUGGAUGGCAGAUACUGUGAACCAGAGCGAUGCUCACCCUGCUGGGGGACAGAAACCCAUUCAGAUGGUGUGAGCCUCAAAAUGAUUGAAGACCUGAAGGACAUGAUUGACAACAUCUCUCAGGAGGUUGCUCUACUGAAGGAAAAGCAAGCACUCCAGACAGUCUGCCUGAAAGGCACCAAAAUUCACCUCAAAUGCUUUCUCGCAUUUUCGGAGACCAAGUCGUACCACGAGGCCAGCGAAAACUGCAUUUCGCAGGGCGGCACGCUCAGCACCCCGCAGAGUGGGGAGGAGAACGAUGCUCUCUACGACUACAUGCGCAAGAGCAUCGGCUCGGAGGCAGAGAUCUGGCUGGGCCUCAAUGACAUGGCGGCGGAGGGCAAGUGGGUCGACAUGACGGGUGGCCCCAUCCGCUACAAGAACUGGGAGACUGAAAUCACCACCCAGCCCGACGGAGGCAAGUUGGAAAACUGCGCAGCUUUGUCAGGGGCUGCCGUCGGCAAGUGGUUUGACAAGAGGUGCAAAGACCAGCUGCCCUACGUCUGCCAGUUCAUGAUUGUGUAGCAGCAGGGGCUCCCCCCUGCCCGCCUGCCACCCGGGUCUCCCCCCUGGGCAGCAGGAUGAUAAAGCUAUAAGUAUGUGUACAUGUACGUAUGCACACACGCACACACGUUCAAGUAGAGUCACUCUUUGCAGAGAGAGUCGUCACGGCUCGGUGUCGGAUUAGAGAGCAUUAGAGCAUUGUGUUUGGCCACAUCCAACCCUGUUAGCAGCUGCAUCGUUCUUACUAAGGCGUGAUUUAUAAAUACAUAUUUUUUACACAGGGAAUUUAUUAGGACAGGUCGGUUGUUUCAGCAAAGAACCAGUACAGCAGUCCAGCCUGGCAGAGAGCCGCCUUGCCUGCCCCCCAGGGCUGUUGCUCUGCAAUGUCCUUUCCCAUCUUGCUGAGCUUUGCUGGGACACCAGCGCAGCUAGUUCUUGCUUUCUUCUGUUUUGCUUCCCCAUAAGCCCUGGCAGCAAUCCAUGGGAGCUCCUUGUUCCUCACAGUGCCCCGAUUCAGGCUCCCUGUGGAUCAAGGUCCUGCCUCCAUGAGCAGGGGGAGUUACUCCUGCUUUGCUUUGAGAUACACAAUUGGGCUUAUUGGCCAACUACCAGCUGCUCAAAGGGUUGUUCGACUAGUUUUGUUAUAUGCAUGAAUGAAUUAGCAAGUAACAGGCAUGGGUCAACUUACUGAAAAGGCAAGUGUCUUUCCAGAAGUGUUCCCCACUUGCUGGUCCUUUUCUCAUCUGCCAGAAGCCAGUUUCACUGAUUUCAGUGGGAGAGCGGGACCUGCUGCCAGCUAUUUAGAAAAAAUCCCAUCGGAAACUUGGUCUAUGCUCCAGCAUUAUGAGGGAAGCAGCGACAGCAUAGUCAGUCAAAUAUAUUCUGGGAAACAGAAGAUGAAAAUAUUAUAUCAAUAACAGAAACAUAAUGCUAUUAGGGAAUAUGCUGCCAUAUAAAAAACAACUGUGCAUUGAAAAUGAACCCCAGAACAACUUAUUUCAGCAGCUUUAGGAAUCACCUGACCUGUUGCAGUGAUGGAAACCCAGCUGAAAUAGUCCGGUCCUUGUUGGUCCAGGCACAGUCCUCAUCAAACACAAACCUGCCGAGUACUGUUUGUGCUGAUAAAGUCAUGCCCUGCUGAAGGUCUGGCCUCAGUAAUUUUUUGCUGGGGAAAGGGUUAAAGAAACAAAAAAAAAGUGAAAUAAACAGCAACGAUGGGAAAACAGUGCAGGGUCCCCCAACAGCUUAACGAAGCUUUGCUGGCUGUUGGCUGAAAGGUAUCAGCGGUUCUUUGCAGUCCAGUGCCUGGAAGUAGCCCCUCCAGUUGGGGUCACGUCCCCUGCGCUGCCAGGGUGGGGGUCUCGGGACAUGAUGCUCUUGAGGAGCCCAUGGGAGAGGUAUCUCGAUUUGCUGCUUUGUUUAAAAACAGUAACGGUGGGUCUUCUAAGACAUCGAGUGGGAGCCAAGCUGGAAGGUUCGAAACACACACACGCACAUACACACACCUGCAGAGUGCACACUUCCGAGGCUGUCACUAUUGCCAAACUCUCCGCUGUUCAAAUGACUAUAAAAUAAAGAAAUAUAUAUAGCUUGCUGAA